AUGCAAGAUUCCUUUGAUCAAAAGAAACAAAGUAUUUUACUGGAAAUUUCCUCAAAUAGUCCAGACAAUCUAGAUGCAUCACCAAAAGGAACAAUCGAUGAGUAUUGUCUUCCAAUAAUCGAUACAAUAAACAGUCAUCGAGAUAUGGUAACCACUUCAUCUUGUUCAGGGAGAGUAUCUAUUUUUCUUGAAGGUGUGAAAACAAAUAAUUCUACAUCAGUAGUUGCAAAGGGACAUGAGGGUCGUUGGCUUUUUGUCACACAUGAACCCAAAGACUUGAAUAAUUGGUAUGAUUCUAUUGAUUUCAACUACGAUACAUCCAAAUUCCCCGAAAAUGCUAGUGCAAGAAGUAUACUAUAUAAAUUUGAACCAUUAAUUUUGCAUGUUAAAUGUCGUAAUGAGUCUAUGGCACAAAAGUUGUACGUUUUGGCAAUGAAUAAUGGGUUUCGUGAGUCAGGUAUUGGAAACAAUUUCAAUGUUGCAAUUAGAAUUAAUAUCAAAUUGGAUAUUCCUAUAGGUUUUCAAAAUGUAGAUGAAGAAGAUUUGAAUUGUUUUGUCACUAAAGAAUAUUUGAAGUAUAUCACCGAUAUUUCCCAUGAAAGGUUCAAUGAAAACUUUAAGAAAUUAGAACAAUUACAUCGAGCAAUUGAGAGAAUGAUUGAAGAUGAAACCAAAGGAAUAGAAACUACCAAAAAGAAACAUAAGGAAUCUAAGGAAGAGAGAAGACAACGUAUGAUCAAAGAAGGUUUGCAAAGACAACAAGAAUUGAGAGAAUUAAAAGAAAAACAACAGCAAGAGCAAAAUGAGACACUACAUGUAGAUAAAUAG